CAGUAUCAAAUGCAGUGAUUUAAAUUUUCUCUCAUUUUCUUUCAAAGUGAGGGCAUGGGGCUGUUUACAGAUAAGUCACAUGGCUUAUCCACAUCUUAGAGACACAACAGAGCUUCAGUGUCAAAAGAGGUCAAAAGAAAGACGAAAGAAGAUCGAAUAAAGCCAUAUGAUCAGCACAUGUCACUGAAGUUCCAUUGGAUACACUUGUCAAUGAAACACUAAACAAUUCUAAGAUCAGUAUCGAGGAAGAAAAAGAGAGAAGAGAAAGAAAGAAAGAAAGGGAAAAACAAGAACAGAGAGAGAGACUGAGAGAGAGGCAGAGAGAGGGGGAGAGCAACUAAACUCUCGGAAAAAGCAAAAGGGGAAGUCUGCAAAUAAAGGGAGAGGAGGAGAAACGCUAGAAACCACAUGUGGCUGUUAGGAGCCAUAAUUCAGCUAUGGAGCGAGACAGAAUCGCUGCCCUGAAACGCUCAUUUGAAGUGGAAGAUGUGGACUCUUCCUCGCACUCUUCAUCGCCUCACACACGGCGAGCACCAUCCAAUGUUCAGCGUUCGGCCAUGUCCCCGACCAGCGGACGGUAUUAUGAGCUGGGCUCCAAUGGUACCAAGCCCCCUGACACCUCAAAGCCCAAAGCUCGAACCCCUGAACCGGUGUCACGUAGGACAGAGCUAGGCUUUGACAUCUCAUCCAACAACUACGGAAAAGCUUUUGAAGGCUCUCCCAGUCCUGGCACGGCUCGGUUUGGGCUGAGGAGGCCAGAUGUCUUGAGCCACAGUAAGACGCCUGAGACGCAGAAGCACUCAGUCACCUUCAGCAAGACACUGGAGACCAUUGCCCCCAUCACACGUGCAGCAUCUACCAUCGUUCCUCAUGCCAGUGCUAAACUCCCAGAGACCACCUUCAGGAAAUGCGAGCCACCUAACCCUGCAGAUGGAUCAGCAAGGAAGCCUGAAACCAGUGUCACCAAAUCAACAGACACCAAAGGUCAUGACAGUCUUCACCAUCCACCAGUUACAACAAGGUGUCCAUCACCUAAUCACGUUGGACGGAAAUCCCCUUGUUCUGACGGGCAUAGGCCAGAGGUCAUUACAAGUUUUUACGGCAAUAUGGCAGAUGUAGGAAAGAUGCCUGUGGCACAGAAUGAGAAGACAAACAGUGAGUUUGGCUAUGUGGGCAUUGAUGCCAUCUUGGAACAGAUGAGGAGGAAAGCCAUGAAACAAGGCUUUGAGUUUAACAUCAUGGUAGUGGGUCAGAGUGGUCUGGGUAAAUCCACGUUGAUGAACACACUUUUUAAAUCUAAAGUGAGUCGUAGAUCUUUGAUAACAACAGAGGAAGAGCGAAUUCCCAAGACAAUUGAGAUCAAGUCCAUCAGUCAUGAUAUCGAGGAGAAGGGAGUGAGAAUGAAGCUGACCGUCAUUGACACUCCAGGUUUCGGAGACCAGAUAAACAAUGAGAACUGCUGGCAGCCCAUCAUGAAGUUCAUUAAUGCACAGUACGAACAGUAUUUACAGGAAGAGAUCAACAUCGAAAGGAAGAAGAGGAUUCCAGACUCACGAGUCCACUGCUGCAUAUAUUUUAUUCCUCCUACUGGACACUGUUUGCGGCCAAUUGACAUUGAGUUUAUGAGACACCUAAGUAAAGUGGUGAACAUCGUUCCUGUUAUCGCCAAGGCAGACACACUCACCCUGGAGGAGAGAAACUUCUUCAAACAGAAGAUAAGAGAGGACUUGCGAGCAAAUGAAAUUGACAUCUAUCCUCAAAAGGAGUUUGAUGAGGAUGCAGAGGACAGAAUUAUCAACGAGAAGAUCAGGGAGAUGAUCCCAUUCGCUGUGGUGGGAAGUGAUCAAGAAUAUCAGGUCAACGGAAAAAGACUUCUGGGCAGGAAAACAAGAUGGGGGACAGUAGAAGUUGAGAACACCACACACUGCGAGUUUGCCUACUUGCGGGACUUGCUCAUCAGAACUCAUAUGCAGAACAUCAAAGAUAUCACAAGCAGCAUCCAUUACGAGAUGUACCGCGUACGCAGACUCAAUGAGAAUAACACGCAACCAAACGGGCAGCCAGGAAUCCACGCUAAUGGUGUACCUGAGCAUGAAGUCCUCUCCCAUGAGAUGUAGAUGUCUGUCUGACCAUUCAUCCAUCCACUCAUCCAUCAAUCAGUCCGUCCAUCUAUCUUUUUUUUCCUUCAGUCCCUCAAUUUUCAGUAGUCUCUUCCUCUGUGCAUUCUGACUGGCUGUGUCUGUUGACUAUUGUUUUUUUUAACACCAAAAAAUAUUUCUGAUCUGUGGAAAAUGAAUCUUUAAGCGUGUAGUAAAAUGUGAUGUUCUGUAAUGAGAGUUUUAUUAAAGAUGUGUUACUAUGUUUUUUUUUUUAUGUAGCCAUUUAUGUUAACAGUUUAGAGCUCUGAAAAAUGACAUCUGUCAGAAGUUCAGCAUACCAUAUGCUUAAAGCUCUCUCAUGUAAUCAUUACAAAUAAGAGGUUCAAUUGCAAUUUGGACAAAAUCAUACUUUAUGGCAAUUGGGUAUAAAAAUAAGGGGCUCUAGUCUAGAGCAUAAAAAUCCAAAUAAAUCAUGUUUUUCACUAUUUUAAAAUAUAACGAAACAAGGAAAAGGAUCUAUAUAUUACAGGACUUAUGGCUGUGUAGUCAGUCACACACAUUUAGGCAAGAGAUUUGAUCUUGAUUUAAGUGUUGUAAGAUUAACAUUUUAGUUGAUUAUAAACAAUGCAGUUUUAGUAUCCCCUUUUUGUAGUGACUUUGCCCUUUGUGGUAUCUUUACCGAUCUGUAAAAUUCUCAUGUACUUUGUGCCAUGUUUGCAUUUUUUUUUUUUUUUUUUUCAAGCAUUGUUCAUUUAUUUUGUCAUAGUAAUUAUUGUUGUGCUUUUUAAUUGUAAAGGCCUUGACAUACUUAUGUGACAUUAAAUGUUCUUUUUGUUUUUUAUUUGUAAAUUGUUAUGUAUUUAUAUACAGCAUCAUGUCACCUAAAUGUUAUAGUGUGGACUUUGUAGGUCAAAUGUUUAGAUUUCAAGAAUAGCACCACAGUGACCCAAAGCACCUGUAAUUAACUUUUUUUUUUUUUUUUUGCAACUGUCAGUAUUUAGUAAAGCAAGUCCUGAGCCAUUCUGUUCUUCAUCUAUAUUCUAUAAUAUACAUGUGACCAUGAUUUAUUGAUAGAUGUAUUUCAUGUUGUCAGUGGAAAAUCAUGCAGUUGACCCCCAAACGUUUUUGGACACUUAUGCCACACUUAAAUGUGCAUGGAUGUCUUUGCAUUAUAUACAGUAGCAAAAUAUCAAAACAAGUGGCAUCUCAAGCACGCUAAUUUAUAAAGGUUUUUUUUUUAAUGGAAUUUAAAAAGUUAUUGCGAUUAACUAAUAUAUAUGUGAACAAGAGGGGAGCAGUUUUUAUACAUUCACUAAAUCUGACCUUGAUAUCUGUUAGUUAAAAGUAAUUACAAAAAUAGGUAAGAAAUGUGAAGUUUUGCCAUUGGAAUUUAUUUAAAUUUUUGGGAUAUGACAGUUCAUACAUUUUUAUGUGUGACUAAAGUGUCCAAAAUUGUAAAAAUGUUUUCUGGGCUAGUAUUUGAACAAUAUGGGAGAAGUUGAAUAAUAUAUGCUAGCCAUUUUUAAUAUAUGAGACGAAUGCUAAACAUUUUUCUAUUUAAAGGAAAAGUUCUGACCAUGUGGACGCCAUUUAUAUCUUAGUCUAUUCACAGAUGACCUGUCACUUAUUUUUCUUAUGUACAGUUGUUAAUUUUUGUUUUUAACAAAAAGAUUAUGCAUACUGCUUAAAAAAUGGGGACAGUUUUGAUUCUAGUCUCAGGUUCCACAGUCCCACCCAGUGCUGCCUAAUGAUUUGCAUAACAAUUGAAAAAUGACAUGGUUGUCUCAAUCCUGGCUGUCAGAAAAUUAUUGGUGUCAAUCAUGUUGUUUUGCAGCCAUAAUAAAUGGAAACCACAUCCUAAUCUCAUAGAUUUAUAAUGUUCUAUUCAACCUAUAUUGAGCAACGUCAUGUCCCGAAUGGCCAGAAAUAUUAUUAAAACAGAUUAUUGUACACCCAUUGUAUUUUGUUGUAGUAUAAGGUAAGAUUUAUCUUAUUACUGUAGAUUUGGAAAAAAAUAAAGAUUGCUAUUUUUUAUUGUC